GAGAUCGACAACGGCGCGGGCGACGUGAAGGGCGUCGAGGCGCUGGACUGCCCCCUGUGGAGCCGGCCCCGAGACGGCCUCAGCGAGGCCGCCCCCGACCCGUUCGACGAGCGCACGGUCGUCGGUGGGAGGCGGCGCCUCGCGGUGCCGCAGAGGCACGCGCGCCAGACCGGGGCAAUCGCCGACCGCGAGCAGUUCGAGGCUCAG